GCGCCAAAUAUGAGUCAAGGGCACUGUGACGGGCUCGUGACCAUGUGUCAUUAUACUUAGGAUUUACUGUCGUCAUCCCACGAUACAUCUGAUUGCUGUCAAUCACUUGCAGGUAAGACCAUACUGUAUGAACAACCUUAGGAGAUUUUAAGGAUAACUUCGAGAUCAACUGAUCAAAAAUAGUACGUUAGAAUUCAGCUUUUGUGGAAAAGCUCUAAACUAUAGAAAAAUGAUUAAAGUGCAAGCGAUUUGGAGUUUUAUCACAGUUAACAAACGUGUUAGGGUCGAAUAAGAUUAAUUUAGGCCAAAAUCUGUAGUUAUACAACCCUAUCAGACCCUAAUUCUCAGCCUUAAAUUUCCCUAACUCUAUUCUGAUACUGCUAAACACUAGCAUUCAACCAUAAUGCUCAUCAGACUAACAUACUAACUAAAAGUUUACUCCACGUAAAAGACCGUUCAUUCAUUUCAAAAUACAAAAUAUGAUGAGAAUCAUGGGUCGCACCCAUCAAUUAUCCACAACAGGAAGUUUAAGUUCGUUCUAGUAUCUAACACCGGUUAAGUUGAUUUUAACUGGCCUUAGGGCGGUCGGCAUAGUAUGGUUUUAUCCAUUCAUUAAAGUUAAGUUCAUUCUGUGUGGGUACUAAUUCGAUGACUUACCUUUUCUCUUGUUCUAUUCCUAUCCUAUCUACAUCCCGAAGUACCUGCAAGCUAAAAGUGAGCUGUUACAGAUACGAUGACAACUGCUCUUGGAGUUGUACUUGAUGUAGGAAUUCAUAUGAAUCCUAAUUUCAGCGAAGCUGUUGAGUGCGUAAAGCUGUUAUUGGAAAAGAAAUUUUUCGCCGAAUCGAAAGAUGAAGUUGCACUUAUUCUCUGCGGCUCUGAUGCUACUGACAAUCCUUUAGCUGAUGAAGAAGGAAGUUUUCAAAAUAUAUGUUUGGCUUUUGAACUCGCUCCUAUAAGUUGGAAGGUCUUGGAAUUUCUAGACCCAGAGUUAUUAUCACUCUCGACAGGAGAUGGUACUGUUUAAUGAAUUUAAUAAUUAUAUAUAGUUGUUGAUGCACUAAUGGUAGGAGCUGACCACUUGUUUAAUCGUUGCAAGAAUAAAAGAAACAUAAAAGAAAAGCACUUGUUGCUUGUCAGCAAUUUAUAUGGUUCGGUUGACGAUUCUGAUGUCUCCAGGGUAUCAGAAAGCCUCAAGUCUUCAGGUAUUAAAUUCAGCUUGAUUGGUUGUGACUUGAAGAGUAUUAAUAUAUCACCUGAAAACCGAAACGAACCUGGGCCAUCUUAUGCCGUUUCUCAUCACCAUCAUCCUUCACCAAAAACUAGACCCUCCAUUUCUUUUUUAGCUGAACUCUGGGAUCAACUAAACGGAGAAUCAUAUGACUUUAGCGAUGCAGUCACUGCAUUGAGUAUAUUCGAAACCCGUGGCGUUUCGCAACGUGGUUGGAAUGUGGGUUUGCAAAUUGGCGAUUCGAUCACUAUCCCAGUUGUCGGCUAUACACAUAUAAAGGAGGCUCAUCCACCAACUAUGAAGAUACUGUACGCCCCAGAUCCUUCUCUUCCACUGCGCGCUGUUACAAAAUAUUGUACACAAGAUGCAGAUCCUUCCGAUUUAAACUCUUCUGAAGUUACUCGAGGUUACCGGUAUGGUGGGACUGUAGUCCCCUUUGGUGAAGAAGAUAUUGCCUCCAUAAAACCCCCUUCAGAAAAGUGCUUCAGCGUUAUUGGAUUUACGAGUGCUGACAAUAUCCCUCAUAACCUUUACACUGGUGAAAGUGUGUUGGUUUUUGUUGCCCAGUCAGUCAAACAAUCUGAAGAUGAUGUAACCAAUCGCCCAUCCUGUUCAACAGCUUUGGCAGCGUUGGCUCAAGCACUUUAUGAGAUUAGUGGUGUUGCUCUUGUCCGGAGAGUGUACAAUCAAACAAGUGCCGUUAGACUAGGAGUUUUAACUCCAGAAAUUCAUGGUGAUCAGAUAUCGCUCAUGUAUACUGAUAUAGCGUUUAGUGAAGAUAUUCGCAAUCUGAAACUUCCAAGUUUACCAGUUUCCUGUGAGCCUUCUACUUCCAAUACGGAAUGUUCUGUUAAGUCUUCAAGCAUUAUGAAAUUGCAUAAAGAUUGCCCAUCUCAGGAACAGUUAUCAGCUAUGGAUUCUUUUAUUAACUCCAUGAUGUUAAAUUAUUCAGAUGAAAGUGAUGAUGAUGAUGGUGGUGGUGGUGAACUCAACAAGAAAGACGAAAACGACGUGGAAAAUCCUUCAUCAAACAGGAUCCUAAAAGUUCAACGGAUAUCAAACCCUUGGAUUCAACGUUUCUUUGCCUGCCUUAGAAAACGGGGUCUUAAUCCAUCAGUACCACUUCCAAUUUCAAAACAAUCAAAUUCUUCUGAUGUUUGGCUGUCACCUGAAAUGUUUCCUGGUUUGGAGGAAAUCAUCACACAAAUCAAUACAGAUUCCGAGGCUGCAUCUGUAAUUGAAUCCCGUAAUAUUCUUCUUAAUUCAUUUCCACCUCUUCGUCCUGCUAGUGAUCCAGUCGAUUUGACAGAAGAAUUUUUGGCGAAAAGACGGCGUUUAGCAGAUGAAGAACUUUAUGCUACUUCCUCGUUCACGAAAGAAAUAGACAGUGAAUAUUCAAGCGAACAACUGACUGCAAGUUCGGAAUUAACUAGCAACUCAUUGCUUCAAAGCACACUGGCAUCAAAUUCCAUUCAAAUAAACUCAGUUCAAGAUUUUGAAGACCUAAUCUCCCGACAACAAAUUGAAGUUGCUUGUAGACUUUUGGAGAAAGAAAUAAUUCAACUGGUAACUGAUCCUUUCACUGCAACUUUAUUGCGUCCAAAAGCUAUCGCUUACCUGUUCGCUUAUCGUAAGCAUGCUCAACCAAGUAGAGAAAUCGUCAAUAGUAGUAAUGAAAACAAUCAUAUUAAUGAUGCUACAUGCAACAGCAGCACAUGUCAUCUUGAAAUUGCUCGAGCAUAUAACUCAUUUAUUCGUAGCUGGCGCCAGGAUCUUAUCAAUCGUAAUCUUCUCGGAAGUAAUGUCUCAUCUCAACGUGCUUCUAAUGAUAGCAAGUUGUCGUUUUGGCUGGAAACAAUUACACAAGGUUUCGGUCUUUUGUGCAAUGACGAUAUCCCGGAAAUUGGUGUUACUCAUUCAGAAAGUCGUGAGUUUUUGAACUUGGAAGAUAUUACAAUACCUCAUUUUGUUGAAACAAAAAAUAAUCAGCCUGUAUCUCCCAAUUGUGUUCUCAAAGUUGAGCAUUUGAUGGAUGACACAGAUUGAACUUUUCCGUUAUUAUUAUUCUUGUUGUUGUUGUUUAUGUCUAGUUGCUUACCAUCACACAUAUUAUGGAUGACCUAUUUUCUUGAUCAUAUCCGUCAUAAUUUGUAAUCUAUUUUCUUUCCUUCAUAAAAGUUUUAUAUUAUUAAUUGUAUGUAUAUAUAUACAGGAGAGAGAAAGAGAGUAGUUACAGAAUUAAAUACAUAUUUUUC